GGGGCUGCUGGGAGAGUGGGGCUAGUUUGCUCUUCUCCAGAUGCUUAGUGACUGCCAUUGACCCGGUGUCGCUGUAGAACUGAAGUCGCGGAAUAAUGAUGUGAAGUCGCCCGCCCUUCCCAGCCACGCCCGGGCGGUUCCAGGCGUUGGCAGUCGCUCGGCUGCAACUCUGAGGCUGCCGCCGCUUUAGAAGCUUUUCCUUGAGGAAACGGGAGCGGAGGACUCCGAGCCAUUGCUGUUAUGACUGUCCAAGGCAUGAUAAUGAGCUGAGAGCACUCAUUGCUGCAGAUAUCUUUUGUCUCAUCAGAAAAAAAUCUGGUUAAAAGAAAAUAUCCAUACAACCAGAUCCAUUUUUUUAUUGAAUGGCUUGAUGGAUUUCCUUUGCUUUAAUUCAUACCAAAGCUGUCCUUCUCAACCAAAGCAAAAAAGGAUCCUGCAUGAAUCAAUCCCAGAAUGCCAUUUUUACAUCACCAGCGGGUGACGAAAACCUCAUGAACAGCAGUCACAGAGACUCAGAGAGCAUCACUGAUGUCUGCUCCAAUGAAGAUCUCCCUGAAGUUGAGCUGGUCAGUCUGCUAGAAGAACAGCUACCCCAGUAUAGACUAAAAGUGGACUCUCUCUUCCUGUACGAAAACCAAGACUGGGCUCAGUCUCCACACCAGCGGCAUCAUGCAUCUGGUACCCUCUCUCCAGUCCUUGCUGAAGAGACGUUCCGUUAUAUGAUUCUAGGCACAGACAGGGUGGAGCAGAUGACCAAAACUUAUAAUGAUAUCGACAUGGUUACACAUCUCCUGGCAGAGAGGGAUCGUGAUCUGGAGCUAGCUGCUCGAAUUGGACAGGCACUCUUAAAGCGGAACCAUGUCUUGUCUGAGCAGAAUGAAGCCCUGGAGGAGCAACUGGGACAAGCUUUUGAUCAAGUUAAUCAACUGCAGCAUGAGCUGUCCAAGAAAGAUGAGUUACUUCGAAUUGUCUCCAUUGCUUCUGAAGAGAGUGAAACUGAUUCCAGCUGUUCUACACCUCUUCGGUUCAAUGAGUCCUUUAGCUUAUCUCAAGGCUUGCUGCAACUGGACAUGCUGCAAGAAAAGCUUAAGGAACUGGAAGAAGAGAAUAUGGCUCUUCGAUCCAAGGCUUGUCACAUAAAGACAGAAACUAUUACCUAUGAAGAGAAGGAACAACAGCUUGUCAAUGACUGUGUUAAAGAACUUCGUGAAACAAAUGCUCAGAUGUCCAAAAUGACUGAAGAAUUGUCUGGGAAGAGUGACGAACUGAUUCGAUACCAAGAAGAGAUCUCCAAUCUCUUGUCUCAGAUUGUAGAUCUUCAGCACAAACUUAAAGAACAUGUGAUUGAGAAAGAAGAACUGAGACUUCACCUACAAGCUUCCAAGGAUGCCCAAAAACAACUGACAGUGGAGCUGCAUGAGUUACAAGACAGGAAUAUGGAGUGUCUAGGAAUGUUACAUGAAUCCCAAGAAGAAAUAAAGGAACUUCGCAGUAGAUCUGGCCCUGCUGCUCAUCUCUACUCCCAGUCAUGUGGAGCUUUUUCUGGGGAAUCUCUGGCAUCUGAGAUUGAGGGGACCAUGCGUAAAAAGUUGAGUUUGGAUGAGGAAUCUUUUCUCUGUAAACAAAAAGCCCAGCAGAAACGGGUAUUCGAUACUGUCAGGAUUGCCAACGACACACGGGGCCGCUCUGUCCCACUCCCAGCUCUGCUAGCCAUUCCAGGCUCCAACCGCUCAAGUGUCAUCAUGACAGCAAAACCUUUUGAGUCUGGCUUACAACCAACAGAGGACAAAACACUGCUGAACCAGGGGAGCAACUUGGAGGAGGUUCCAGGGAACAUUCAGAAGGUGGUUCAACCAGAACCCUCUGGAGAUAGUGACUUGGCUACAGCACUGCAUCGCCUUAGCCUGCGGCGACAGAACUACUUAAGUGAGAAGCAGUUCUUUGCUGAAGAAUGGGAGCGGAAGAUCCAGGUUCUGGCUGACCAGAAAGCAGGGGUUAGUGGCUGUGGCACCCCCACAGAGAGCCUUGCCUCUCUCUGCACUGACCAGUCGGAGAUCACAGACUUCAGUAGUGCCAGUUGCCUUCGGUGUUUUAUGCCUGAAAAAUUACAGAUCGUCAAACCCCUUGAAGGAUCACAAACUCUGCACCACUGGCAGCAGCUUGCUCAACCAAAUUUAGGAACCAUUCUCGACCCACGACCAGGUGUAAUCACUAAAGGCUUUACCCAGUUGCCCAAGGAUGCCAUGUAUCACCUCUCAGAUUUAGAAGAGGAUGAAGAGGAAGGUAUCACUUUUCAGGUUCAGCAACCUCUCCAAGUAGAACAGAAACCUCCAGACCCCAAGCCCGUUACAGGAAUCUUUCUACCACCCAUUACUUCAGUAGGUGGUCCAGUUACAGUCUCUACUUCAGUUACAACCUCAAACCCAGGAAAGUGUCUGUCAUGCACAAAUUUGACAUUCACCUUCACCACCUGUAGGAUAUUAUAUCCCUCUGAUAUCACUCAGGUCACCCCCAGCUCUGGAUUCCCUUCAUUAUCCUGUGGAAGUAGCAGUAGCAGUUCAUCAAACACGGCGGUGAAUUCUCCUGCUAUGCCCUAUAGACUCAGCAUCGGUGAAUCAAUCACCAACCGACGAGAUUCCACUGUAACCUGCAGCAGCACCAUGAGCUUGGCCAAACUUCUACAAGAGCGAGGCAUCUCUGCUAAAGUGUACCAUAGCCCAGUUGCAGAAAACUCCCUCCUUCAGCCUCUGCCUAAAGCCCUGGCUAUCCCUUCCACACCUCCAAAUUCGCCAUCUCACUCACCCUGCUCUUCUCCUUUGCCCUUUGAGCCUCGAGUACAUCUUUCUGAAAAUUUUUUGGCCUCCCGACCAGCUGAAACAUUCCUCCAGGAGAUGUAUGGCUUGAGACCUUCCCAGAACCCUCCUGAUGUUGGCCAAAGGAAGAUGAACUUAGUAGACAGGCUGAAGAGACUGGGGAUAGCCAGAGCAAUCAAGACCCCUGAUGCCCAGGAAAAUGGAAGAAGCCAAGAGGCAGAAAUUGGUCUUCGGAGACCAGACUCUACUGUUUAUUUAAAGUCAGGUAGUAAUUUAUUGAGUGGAUUGAGGAGGAAUCAGAGUCUUCCGGUCAUGAUGGGUAGCUUUGGCACUUCAGUUUGCACAUCCUCAUCCAAAAUGGAUAUCUUGAAGGAGGACUGAGGUUCGGCAGAUAACUGACCUCUUAUACAGAUAGCACAUGAAGGAUAGAUUUGCACUGAUACAGGUAGUCUGGUCUGAUGGACAGAAAAGGAAUGUUGCAGAUGGGUUGUGAAUGUGGAAAGAGGAAAGUGAAAGGUUGGAAACAAUUGGGAUGAGCGAGGCCUUAAUGAAUGAGGUCUAACAAAUUGAAAGUAUAAAUGAAUGGGUCAUAAGUAUUUGGAGACAGAAAAGGAAAAAAGGUUUAAUACACUCCUUCAGUUGGGUUUUCUUGUCUUGAAAAUAAAAAGUGACCAGAAAAUAAAUUAAGUAAUAUUGACACACACCAGGAAUACUUAAUUGACUAGCACAUUGACUUUUUGGUAAGCGUAGGCAUAGAACACCCAGGUUAGGAGGAGGUGGGAAGAGAAAAGGCGCAGCUUUGCUGCUGAGAGAAAGCUGUUCUGGAAGGUUGGUGGGGUAAGCUCAGUCUGUUACUGAGAAAACAGUGAAGUGGCUUUUAUGUUUUUCCCCUGUUGAUGUUUCGCUAAAUUAUACUUCCAUCAAAUGGCAGGCUCACAGCAUUGGCAAGCAAGGAAUUUUACUUUUUUCAUAAAAUCAGAGUAGUGCAGACUCUCAUUUUGCUUUCUAUUUUCAGGCCUUUGAAUCUCUGGGAACCCAAACACCACCCAAAUUCCUUUUGUACUUGUGAUUAACAAAAGUUCAUUUUUUAAAUUUAUAUUUUUAUACAACAUCCUAAAACACAACAUGUGUGGAAGUAGGAGGAAUUUGUUUUAAGAAGGAAAUAUGGGCAAAUUAGAAUCAAGUAAACUUGUUUUCAGAAUAUUUGUCCUGGGUAAGUGUCGUGGCCAAGGAGUAUGAACAUAAUUGAAUUUCCUUGGAGGCUGGACAGGGUUAAAUCAGAAGUACAAUCAGUAGGAAUUAGAGAUUGUUGUCUAUGUAUGUCUGUACAUUUUUUAAUAAGGAAAGUUGGUUGCAACUUAGCUUUUUUGAAAGUGUUCUAUGCAUAUUUUUAAUGAAAGAUGAUAUAUAUUUGCACAAAAAUUCUCAGGCACAUUAACUUAUUUAUUUAAGCUGAAGUAAAAACCCAGGUGCUUGCUUUGAGACUUGUGUUUUAAAUGUAAAAUAAAAUUAAAACACAUCUGCCUUUUUCUAGAUAUCUGUGAAUUUAUAGAAUGAAUUUUUUAAAGGGAGAGUCAAAGCUCUUGCUUUUACUGUGGUUCUUUUUGUUUGUUUUACAAAAUAUGUGAAAUAGCAAAGUGAGUCUUGAGAAAUUAGGUUUCAGCCUUGUGACAAAUUGGCUGUGAAUUGGGAAGAAAUAGAUCUGUUUUCUGGGUGCUUGACGUGGCUUGAUCUCGACAGGGCCACUCAGGAAGAAGUACCGUUAUGUGAAAGGCAUGGUGGAGAGAAGAUGAGGAAGGGGGUUAAUUCAUUUUUGAAAAUGGGAGGCAUUGACUUUUUGGUGGUUAAUUUGCAGAUCUUUUGCUCCUUUGUUGUUACUUGACUGAAUUUUCUGAAUUAGUCUUGCUCCUCUGGUUCCCACCAAAAUACUUAUCCCUGAGUCAAAGGAGUUCCCUUUCUCUUUCCUCCUGAGGUGCCUUUCCUACAUGAAGAGCUAUGUGCUCAGAGGGGUAGAAAAACCCACAUGCAUGUAGUGGUAAGAAUGUGUGCAUUUUCCAUGCUUUUUAUAACCUUUUAACAAAGCUUUUCUAGAUAAAAUUCUUAAAAACAGAAAGUGAAAGUAUCCUCCCUUUGUCUCUUCUUCUCUCAGUCAUACUGAAGUCAGCAGACGGUACACGUACAUGUUUAGAAAAGAUUUCAUCAGAUGUAUCAGUGAAUUUAAGUGUCCCUGGAUGUGGUAGGCAUUGGACGGAAGAAUUCCUGAUGUUAUGUUUCCAAAAUAUCCCAAUUCGCUUUUUUAAAAAUAGUAUCUGAGUUUUUACUUCGUAAGUAACUCUGGGGUGCUUAUUUUAGCUGAUUCUUAAGAUUUUUUAUUUAUUCUGUAAGAAAGUAAUCUUCCUGUUGCCAGUUUCUAAGAGACAUCAGGAAGUAAGAAAGUGUAGGACCAGAGAGUAAUACAAAAUGUUAAAUUUUCAGAUUCAUGUUUAUUAUAUAAAUAUAAAUUAAAUAUCUAUAAGAUUCUGGAGUAUUCUGUAUAAUUAGUAUACUUUUCUAUAAUCAAUGCUAAAAUGAUCAAUUUGGAGGCAGGGCAAGGGCAUAUUCACACCAAAUAAAGCACAUCUGAUUAAAGAGAACCAGACUUAAGUUUUUGAAAAUUAGAUUGAUGUUGCCAUUCCACCAGAAACAUGAUCAUUGUGUACUGGUGCAUGCUUGUCUCUAGAAAUGAAUUCCAUCUUGAACUGGAUUUUACUGUUUUCUGAAGUUCCCACCUAAAAUCAUUUUUGGUACAGCCUGAGAAUCUCUAUUAUAACAAACUUGUGUGCAAAGUAUAGUAAGAACUGGAACCUUGUAGCAAGUUCCUCCUUAACAUUUUAGUUUUUCUAUAUCAACUGUGUAUGUACUACUAUGCCAGUAUAGGAAACACCAAUCUUUUUUUCCUCCUUUAAGGUGGUUUUCAGUGAUUAUAUCUCAGGUAUUUCUGAGUAUCCUAUGAUAUAGUAUUCCUAAGCUCAGAAUUAGAGGUUUUCAUGAAUUGUGAUGAUCCUCUGUAAUCUUAGCAUGCAUCUUAGGGAAAAGUUAUUGAUCAUUGCUAAAGUAAUUUUUAAAAGAGUUUUAUACUAUAUGUCUUCAGUUGACACAAAUGAACAGACUCUGUCAAAGGGGAGAAAUAAGUUAGAGACAGCUCAUGAGAGCCACUUCUUGAGGGUGUAUUAUGUACAGUAUUCAAAGCCUGUUUUCUUUUUUUAUGACCAUUCUAGUACAUAAUUAGUAGUAUUUGUUAUUACUAACAUUGACUUUUGACAUCUGAACUAGGGCUCUUGCGUGUUUAAUGGUCCACUCCUUUGAUGCUGGGUGCCUGCAAGCUUGUAUUCCAAAUGCAGCAAGUGUCUAUACUGAGUGGUUUGCAUUGCACAGCACAGCUACCUAGGUAGGAGUGGCAAAGUGCUCUGUGGGGCAGCCGGGGAAAUACUGAUGUUUGAUAUCUGGGGCUUGACUUUGUCAAACAGCUCUUUGUUGCACCUAGCUUUGCUUUGUCAAAUGUAAAUCAGAUAAUAAACAUGAGUAUCUUCUUAAAUUUUCAUUUGUCUUCCUGUAUAUUUGUCCCAGUUCUUUUUACAGAUAGUCCUGCAUAAAGUCUUUUCAUUACAGUUUUUUUCUGUACAGAAAA